UGAAAAGGAAGGACAUGGAGUGGGAGCUGUGGAGGAGAAAUCACUGAUGGAAUUGGAUGGCAGGAUUUCUAGGCAGAGUAAAAGCAGAAGGCCCAUCUAGUCUGCCAAGUCUGGAUCUUUGAUAAAAUGGCAUUAGACGUCCUCGCCGUGGGCCCCCUCUACCAGGGCCCUGACAUGAGCAGGGUAAGGCUGGUGGCAGAACCAUCCAUAAAGUCAGCCUCCUCACUAAAAUCCUCCGUCCCCUUGAAUACCAAACUCACCACCAUCGAGACCAAGAGGAUCAUGUCCGUCCUGGACGAGACCAUCCAGAAGGUGGAGCUGGUGACCCUGCUGGGGUGUGUGGCGUCCAACCAGGAAGGUCUGGAGGACAUGCUGGGUAAGGACAUCACCAGGGCAGUGAACGAACACGAGCACCUCUGCCAGACGCUCCUGGAUCACCUCGGUCACCUGCAGGAGGAAGAAAGGCGGUCGAAGGAGGAGGAAGACUUCGAGGAGGAAGCGUGGUUCAAAGACCACGUCCGCUCCAUAGAGCGGCAGAAAUCCCACCUCCUGCCGCUCAAGCAGCAGGUCAAAGACUCCACCAAGAACAUCCUGAGGCUCUUGCUCAAGAACCCGCAGGCCGCCGGGCUCCUGCAGAUGCAGACGCAGGGCAGAAGCGCGGGAGCCCAGAGGUUCAUCGAGAGCCUGGUGGAACUCCGGGGUUUCCUGUUUGAGAAGCUCCUCACCAGCCCCAUGGAAGCUCGAGACAAGACUCAGUUCGUACAGGACAUCACGAAGCGGAACAAGAGGAACCAAGAAGUCAUCGAUGCUCUGGAGAACGAACUGGCCGCGAGAAUGAAGAACAGGGCCGCGGAGGUGGAGAAGGAGAACUUUGUGGUCCAAGAGCUGAAAAACCACCUGCACCAGGUGCUCAAGUUCUCCGAGAACAGCCUCUUUCGCACCAAGCAGGAGGCCGAGAAGCAGCAGAAGGCGGACUUCCGGGCCUCACAGGCCAGGGUGGCCAAGAUCCAGCAGGACAUUCUGCAGCUGCGGUCACAGCACCACAACCUGGUCAUGGAGAACCGGGAGGCAGAGCAGGCGCUGAGGAAGAAGAAAUAUAAAGUGGAGACGGAAAUCGAGAACUGGAUCCAGAAAUACGAUACAGAGAUGGGCGAAAAGCAGGACGAGUACGAGGAGCUGGACAUCAUCCACAGGGAGGAGAAGGUCCAGCUGGAGGAGCUGAAGCAGAGGUACGACGUGCUGGUUGAAGAGUUCACCCAGAUCCGGGAGGAACGGGAGAUCAACUCCAAGAAGAGGCUGGAGGACGAGCAGGAGCUGGUGCGCAUGGUCCGCGCGGCCACGCUCAUCCAGGCCAUGUGGAAGGGCUACCUCGUCCGCUCUAUGCUCAGCUCCAAGAAAAAGAAGCGGGGCAAGGGCAAAUCGAAGGAUGAGAAGGGCAAGGAGAACGCCAAGGGCAAGAAGAAGGCCAAGGGCAAGAAAUGAG